AUGGGUUUCUUCGGCAAGAGUGAGCCGUCCGACGACGAGAUCCAGUGCGCGCCGCCUGAUCCGGAUGUCGAGAAAAAGAUCCCCUCCCACGAUGAGGGACCUACUCAACCAUCCAUUGUUACGGCCGCCGCAAUCGACCCGGAGCUGGAGCGCCGCGUUUUGAAGAAGCUAGACCUGCAUCUCCCGACACUGAUGGCCUUUUUCUAUCUACUCGCUUUCCUCGACCGAAGUAACAUCGGCAAUGCCAAAAUUGCCGGCAUGAUGGAAGACCUUUCUCUCGACGACCGAAGCUAUGCUUGGCUCCUGACGAUCUUCUACAUCUCAUACACGGUAUUUGAAUUCCAAGCACUCAUGUGGAAGAUCGUCAAGCCGCACCAAUGGGCUGCUUUUGUCGUGUUCUCCUGGGGUUUGGUGUCGACAUGCCAAGCAGCGACGAAAAAUUGGCAGGGCAUGAUGGCACUUCGGUUUCUUAUGGGUGCUUUCGAGGCCGGCUUUGGUCCCGGUGUGCCCUAUCUGCUCUCCUUUUUCUAUCGCCGGCACGAGCUCGGUCUCCGGUGCGGUCUGUUCUUGUCAGCUGCCCCGCUGGCGAAUACCUUUGCCGGUGCCCUAGCCUACGGUAUCACUUCGGGCCAUGCCGCUAUCGCCAAUUGGCGUCUCUUGUUCCUCGUUGAAGGUCUGCCAGUAAUUGUCGCUGCGCUUUUGGCCUGGUUCUUCGUGCCGGACUCGCCCACAGCGGCGAAAUUCCUCACUGAAGAAGAGAAGGAGAUCACCCGAGCCCGUGGACUUCAACAGGCUGGAGAUGCUGAACGCGAGAAUAAAAUCCAGUGGAAGGAAUUGGCUGCGACAGUCUUAGAUGCCAAAGCAUGGUUCACGGCUUUGAUGUACUUUAGCUGCAAUGUCAGCUUCUCCUCGCUACCCGUCUUCCUCCCGACCAUUCUCAAGGAGAUGGGUUUUACGGCCAUUAACGCUCAAGGCCUCACCGCGCCUCCCUUCUUCGCUUCCUUCCUAGCAACCAUCGCAACAACUUGGGUGGCGGAUCGAAUCCAACAGCGAGGGCUCAUGGUUGCUGGACUAUCAGCGAUCGGCGGUGUGGGGUAUGUUUUGUGUGCCACCUGCAACUCGGUGGGUUUGCGUUACUUCGGAGUAUUCUUGGCCGCCUGUGGAGUUUUUCCGUCGAUCGCCAAUAUUUUGCCGUGGGUUCUGAACAACCAGGGCUCUGAUACCCGCCGUGGUGGAGGCAUCAUCCUGCUCAACAUCGUCGGCCAGUGCGGUCCCUUCCUGGGCACUAAUGUCUUCCCCGACAAACAAGCUCCAAGGUUUAUUAAGGGCAUGUCGAUCUGUGCGGCGUUCAUGUUCUUCACGACGCUGCUUGCCUUGGGUCUGCGCUUCCUGUUGGUGUGGGAAAACCACCGCCUUGACAAGAAGUAUGGGCCAAAGGUCAAGGUCGAAACGGUCAAGGGUGAUACUCCGGUAGCGGAGGACAAUUACGGUGCCAGUUUCCGCUAUGUGUUGUGA